AUUUCGUAGACAAAAUGGCUGUACUGUAAUAAACUAAUCUUGUGAGACAAGGGUGAUUUUGUCUGACAAAGUGGCCUGUCACUCUCUUCAUCCAUCUGUUGCUUUGUUCAUCUUAUGUUGAUUUGAAAGUUUAAGCUGCAACAUAGUAAUAACAAGUUUCAAGUUCACAAGUUAUUACCUGAACUGUGUUGGAUUGUGUUUGGCUAUGUAUUGAGGGAAGGUGAUUUAUGUGGUAGAUGAGGUGUGUGUCAGGUGAUACUUGUGGCUAGGUAGCCAGGUAGGUGUUAUCUGAUUGUUAGUAGAUGGAUCGCCGGAGCUGGCUAUGGAGGAGGAAGUCCUCGGAUAAAAGUCCUGGCGAAACCGAAAGCUCUGGAUCAAUGUCAUCACAUUCUGAAAGAUUCUCCGAUGAACAGGCAUUCUCAAAUCAUAAUAUUCAAUCACCUGAAGUCACAUCAAAAGAUAUCCCCGCUGAUGAAGAGCUUAACGAUAGUGUGAAGACUCUAAGAGAGAAACUAUCUUCAGCACUUCAAAACAUUAGCUCGAAGGACGAUUUGGUAAAGCAGCAUUCCAAAGUUGCAGAGGAAGCUGUCUCAGGAUGGGAGAAAGCUGAGAAUGAAGUGUUUGCACUAAAGCAACAAUUAGAAUCCUUAACCCAGAGAAGUUCAUCGCUGGAAGAUCGUACCAUCCAUCUUGACGUAGCUCUCAGGGAAUGCAUGAGACAGCUCCGGCACGAAAGAGAAGAACAAGAGCAAAAGAUCCAUGAAGCUAUUGUUAAGAAAACCAAUGAAUGGGAAGCUACUAAAUCUGGAUUUCAGAAACAGCUUGUCGAGCUUCAGUCCCAACUUCAAGCCGCAAAAGGUGAAGGUGCCACCUCCUGGCAUAUUGAUCUUCGCUCUAAGCUUGAAGCUGCGGAAAAGGAGAUCUCAUCCCUUAAACAUGAGCUCCUUUCCAGAUCAGAGGAGCUAGAAUUGAGGACUGUUGAGAGGGACUUGAGUACUGAAGCUGCUGAAUCAGCUAGCAGACAAAAUCUGGAAAGUGUAAAGAAGGUGGCUAAGCUUGAAACCGAGUGUCGUAGACUCAAAGCUGUGGCUCGCAGAGCACCAUCAUUUAAUGAGCAAAGGUCUAUUACUGAAUCUUCUGUUUAUGUGGAAUCCUUCACAGACAGCCAGUCUGAUAUUGGAGAGAGGCUAUCACUGGUUGAUAAUGAUACUCAUAGGAUUCAUGAAUUGGGGCCAAAUGAUUGGAAACAAAAUCCUUCCACGUCAUCAGUAUCAGAGUCUGCUAACUUCAGAAACGUAAAAGCUUUAGGAAAAAGCCUUACAGCUUCUUCACUUGAUGACAGUCUCAUGGAUGACUUCCUAGAAAUGGAAAGGCUCGUGGCUUUACCUGAUACGCAAAAUGUAAACCCAUACCAGUCAAGAUCUAUAAUGGAACAAUCAAAAGAAGGGAAUACUUCUUCAAGAUCUGAACUUGAAACUAUGAGAAACCGGAUAGUGGAAUUGGAGGAUAAAUUGGUGAAGACAGAAGCAGACAAAAAUAAAUUGGAGACAUUUUUGACUAAGCACCAGGACCAGAUUAGAACGCUAACGGAUUGUUUAGAAGAAGCGGAGAUGAAACUGAUGAAGAUGGAAGCAGACAAGAAUGAAACAGAGGCAUCUUUAAUUAAGCACCAACUGAUGCUACAUACAGUAAGAGAUCGUUUAGAAGAAGCAGAGAUGAAAUUGGUGAAGAUGGAAGUAGACAAGAAUGAAACGGAGACAAUUUUAAUUAAACAUCAACAUCAGCUUGAGCAAUUAAGAGCUCGUUCAAAAGAAACAGAGAUAGAGUUGGCAGAGUUGCAGACUCGAUUAGCUGUGGCAAAUGAAGCAAGAGAAACGGUUGAAGCAGCAUGUAAUGAUAUCAAUUCAAAGAAAGAAACAGCAGAAUCACGGCUUGGAGUAGUGGACAAUGAGUUAAAAGCCAUGAUUACAAGAAUACGUAGCUUAGAGGAAGAAAUUCAAAAGGAAAGGUCAUUUUCAGAAGAAACCAUCUCAAAGUGUCAAAAGCUGGAACAAGAAAUUUUAAGAUUGAAACAUGAAGGUGAAAUACAGAGAGCUGCAAGUUCACACACACAGCUGAAACAGAAUCAGGACAAAGAGUUAGCAGCUGCUGCGUAUAAAUUCUCAGAGUGCAAGAAAACCAUUGCGUCUCUUGGCAGGCAGUUGAAAUCUCUUGCAACACUAGAAGACUUCUUAAGUGACUCAGACAAUCCAUGUACAAUUUCUAGAGGUCCACAGACCACAGCCAAAUGAAUCGACAUCAAAUAUAAUGCAUCUCACUGAUCCGACUUGAUGUUGCAAAGAACUUCUUUUUGAAGUCUUGAUUCCAGUCGUCGAUUGUUCAAGUUCUCGGGGAAGUGUAUACCUCUGCAUGUAUGAUGCAUGCUCACAACAUCUGCUGCAGAUUUGUAAGAGGCAAGAGCAUUCAAAGCAGGGAGGAGAGAAGAACAAAGAAAUGGACAAGUACUGUCAAGAGGAGAGGAAAUAAACAACAGGUUUUUAUCUUGUAAAGCUUCUGAAAGCAGCCAUUGCUUGGAAUAUAUUCAAUGGAACACAGUUUGAUGAAAUGCACAUGUUAUGAAACUUGUACAUAAAAUCGUCUUGAAUAAGAAAUCCGUUAAAUGAAUAAAUAUAUAAAACAAAGAAAGAACAGUGUUGGAUGUAUUACCCCAAGAUACAUUACAAUCGAGAUGUUCAUACAUUUUUUAGAUUUAAAUUAAAUAAUCUGGAUAAGUAAUUAUAGUU